AUGGCGAGCCUGAUGGACAAGGCCAAGGGGUUCGUCGCCGACAAGAUCGCGCACAUGCCCAAGCCGGAGGCGUCGCUGGACAAGGUGACCUUCAAGGGCAUGACCCGCGAGGCCAUCACCGUGCACAGCCACGUCAACGUCACCAACCCCUACUCCCACCGCAUCCCCAUCUGCGACAUCUCCUUCAACCUCAAGUGCGGCGGCAAGGAGGUGGCGAGCGGCACGAUCCCGGACCCGGGCUGGAUCGAGGACAGCGGCGAGGUCACCAAGCUGGAGGUGCCGGCCAAGGUGCCCUACGACUUCCUCAUCUCGCUCAUGAAGGACCUGGGGAGGGACUGGGACAUCGACUACGAGCUCCUCGUCAAGCUCACCAUCGACCUCCCCAUCAUCGGCAACUUCACCAUCCCGCUCGACACCGCCGGCGAGUUCAAGCUGCCCACCCUCAGCGACUUCUUCGGCGGCUCCGCCAAGACCGAGGAGGCCACCGCCUAG